AUGCGCGUCCAGUCUGGUAUUGGUACAUCAAAGUCUAUGAACCCUAAACCUUUUUACUUCAUCAUUUCAGACUCUGAGAGUGAUGACUCUUCUGAAUCGUGUCCUCCAGUAGAAAAAUCCCCAACACAAUCUGAACCACAAAGACACACGAUGGCUACAGCAACACAAUCUGAACCACAAAGACACCCGAUGCCUACAGUACCAACUCCUCCACCACAAAAUCCACCAACGACUACUAACCCUUCGACACCCUCAAAAUCGGCUUUCUCUUCUGAACCUUCACACGCAACUCCUCCCCAUCAAAAACGGAGAUCGUUAAAUGACAUUGUUUCUCCUUCUCCAAACCAAAAAGAACCACUCUCUCAACCAAAACCACCAACUAAACCCAUGAGAACCAAAAACACAAUCACUAUUGCUCAGUUUCUUGCUCGAAAAAAUCUCCCAAAUCCUCAAAGAAAGAAAACGCUUGCCCCAAAACAAAACCUAAAAACCAGUCAAAAACCAAUUUCUCCAGAACAAAAACGUUCUCCAACUGCUCCUCCACAAGAACGUUCUCCACCACAAGAACAUUCUCCAACUGCCCCUCCUCCAAAAUCUUCUCCACAAAAGACUUCCAAACGAUCUUCCCCUAUAUCCACAUCCUCUGAUUCUGAACCAUCUCCCCCAACUAAGAAACCAAAACAGAAUGCUCCUCCUCUAAUCUCCAUUGAUUUUGCCAUCUCAUGA